GAACGGAACAUGGUGGAAGGGAGGGCGUGUAUACGGGGUAAUUAAAGUAAAGGUAGGUAAUGAUAAUGGCACAGGUUGAGUUGGAUGCGAGGGGGUUGGAGAGAGAGAGCAAAGAGUAGGCGGUUCCCAGGCUGGAUGUUGAUAUUUAUUUAGGUGGUUGAUCGAAUGUCAAACUGAUUCUUUCUCCGUGUUCUUCGGGUUUUGCACGCCAACCACCGCCCAGCCAAUCACGGGCCGGCAGAACACAAUGACCGAAAAUCCACUCGCCAAAACAUCGGGGAAGAGUCGAAAGACAUCAGCUAUUGCAUCCCAGUCGCCAUUCCAUUUCCCAGCGCUCCGGUAUCUAUCGAACGCCAUACACAGCCGUCUGCUAGCACAAUGGCUUCUACAAAGGCUGUCUCCAGGCUUCUGGCCUACAGACGGCCAGCCCUCGCACAGAUAUCCUCCCAGCACUCCUCCCUUCUUCGGCCCACGACGGCCAGCGUCCUGAUUCCUGCGUUCGCCUUUUCGACCUCGUCCCCUCGAUCUGCUAGCCCUGCUGGCCCUCCUCGACAAGGCUUCCGUCUCCCGCCUCCCAAGGCCUGGGACCAGGACAAUGAAUCCGCUCUCGAUAAAGCCGGAAAAUACUUCCUCUUGGCGGAGAUGCUUCGGGGCAUGUAUGUUGUGUUGGAGCAAUUCUUCAGACCACCAUAUACCAUCUUCUACCCAUUCGAAAAAGGUCCCAUCUCCCCCAGAUUCCGCGGUGAGCACGCGCUACGCCGAUAUCCUUCAGGCGAAGAACGCUGUAUUGCCUGCAAACUAUGCGAGGCCAUCUGCCCCGCCCUUGCCAUCACGAUCGAGGCCGAAGAGCGCGAGGACGGAAGCAGACGGACCACCCGCUAUGAUAUUGAUAUGACAAAAUGUAUAUACUGUGGCUUCUGCCAGGAGAGCUGCCCUGUCGAUGCUAUUGUUGAGUCCCCCAACGCCGAAUACGCGACAGAAACUCGAGAAGAAUUGCUGUACAACAAGGAGAAACUGCUCGCUAACGGCGACAAGUGGGAACCGGAACUGGCUGCUGUCGCAAGAGCUGAUGCCCCCUACAGAUAAAACGCGAAAGAGGAAAGUGGAGUGGGGAAUGGGGUAGGCGAACGCGGUGGGAACCCGAAUUCAACAGCCGAUAUCUAGGAGCUGCACAUGAUAUCAGCAGAAAAGACACAUUACACACAUGAAGAUCAUUAUUUCCUUUUUUUCCCUAAUCCUUUUCGUUUUAACUUGUUAACAGACAGAAUCCUGCAAUAUCAAUGUACUGGUACAUAUUUAUUUACAGAUGUGUGAUAUGAAACUACCCAUGCUAUGUUUUGGUGCAAAACAAACAAAGAGAGGUGGGCAGUAAAUAUGCUGUUGUAUGUGUGCUAUCCUCUAUGUACAGUAUGACUACUGUACAUCUCAAGGCGUUUAGCUAGUUGUUCAAUCUACUGCCGCGCGCCGCAUUCUCUUGUAUGGUGUCUCUAUUUCACAUUAUGUUCGUAGAAACUUGAUGAUAUUUGAAUUUCCAUACUCAAGUAUCCGAUUUAAUUGUCAUUGAAGAAAAGUGAUGUAUUCACUGCUGAGAACAGAGAAGUAACUAAGAUGUCCCCUUUAUUAUGAACCCAAUAUUACUUGCCUCUGAGCCACUCUUUAAUAAAAACUGUCAAGGGGGG